AUACCUCAUGGGCGGCCUGCGACGAUAAACCAAGCCUCGGCGUCUUCAACAACUUAGAGAGAGAAAGAGGUGGGAGAGAGAGGGAGCUCGUUCAUCUCAAUCUUAUGCUGAUUUCUCAUGGAAUCGAAGCCCCAGUCAUCAGCUAGUAGUCCUCCACCAAAACCGUGGGAACGUGCAGGAUCCUCAUCUGGCCCAGCACCUUUUAGACCCCCAUCAGACGGCAACACAAGUGCUGUAGUUGAGGCUUCAGGGACUGCAAAACCUGGGGAAAUAGUUUCUAGUUCUGAUAGGACUGCAACUGCUAACAGGAAUUCUCUUGGGAGGCCAGUCCCCACAAGGCCUUGGGAGCAGAACUACGGAAACAACAGCUAUGGAGGUUAUGGUUCUACAAUGAAUUGCAAUUCUGGCUAUGGAUCUGGAAUGUAUGGAUCUUAUGGUGGAUUAGGAGGGACGUAUGGUGGAGGAAUGUAUGGUAACAGUAUGUACAGGGGAGGAUAUGGUGGGCUUUAUGGAUCAUCUGGUGGGAUGUAUGGUGGAGGGAUGUAUGGAGGCGGGAUGUAUGGGGGUGGCCUUGGUGGCCCAAUGGGUGGUUAUGGCAUGGGCGGUCCUUUGGGGGGUCAAGAUCCCAAUGAUCCCUAUGGUGCUCCUCCAUCUCCACCGGGAUUUUGGAUUUCUGUUCUUCGUGUGAUGCAAGGCGUGGUUAAUUUCUUUGGUCGGAUAUCAAUCCUCAUAGACCAGAACACGCAGGCUUUCCAUAUGUUCAUGACCGCUCUUCUUCAGCUUUUUGAUCGCUCGGGUAUGUUGUAUGGAGAACUAGCAAGAUUUGUGUUGAGGCUACUUGGGGUUAAAACAAAGCCUAGGCCCCCCCUUCCACAAGGUCCAAAUGGACUUGCUCUGCCAGGACCCUCAAAUUCCUAUGAAAAUAUGAACAGCAUUGAGGGACCCAAGGCUGCCCCAAGUGCUUCUUGGGACAACGUAUGGGAGAAUGACCCCACUAAAUGAUCUCUCUCAAACUGGUUUUGCUUACAUCCUAUGGCAGCCGUCCUAUAGAAGCAACACAACUGUUCAAAGGAAAUGAGGACUUCAUAUGGUUUUGGGAUUUGAGUUCGAAGUGUUUCGCUGGGGUAAUGCUUUUGUGUUAGCAUAGAUAUUCUGAAAGAUGUACAAGGAAUGGUGCUGAAGCAGGAUUAUCAUGUAAUUCAUAAAUAAAUUUAUAAGCAUAUUUUUCUAGUAGCAUGUUUGCAGGGUGUGUCUUUGCAUGUGUAGUUAAAAAAAUUCAUUAAUAUAAAAGUUACUCCUUCGGUUUUUAA